GUGCUGGAAGGAUCAUGUGGAAAUCAUUUAAUUUGUCCUUGUGACUUUUAGUUUAAAUUACCUGAAGAUCAUUUGUUGUAUUAAAAAAGGUUGCACUCUUUCUGCCGUCAUCUUGGUUCUGCCUUCCCCGCACAAAAUGCCCGGUGAAGCCACAGAAACCGUCCCUGCUACAGAGCAGGAGUUGCCACAGCCCCAGGCUGAGACAGGGUCUGGAACAGAAUCCGAUAGUGAUGAAUCAGUACCAGAGCUCGAGGAGCAGGAUCCUACGCAGGCAACUACACAACAAGCCCAGCUGGCAGCGGCAGCUGAAAUUGAUGAAGAACCAGUCAGUAAAGCAAAACAGAGCCGGAGCGAAAAGAAAGCACGGAAGGCUAUGUCCAAACUGGGUCUUCGACAGGUUACAGGGGUUACUAGAGUCACUAUCCGGAAAUCUAAGAAUAUCCUUUUUGUCAUCACAAAACCAGAUGUAUAUAGGAGCCCGGCUUCAGAUACCUACAUAGUUUUUGGGGAAGCCAAGAUCGAGGAUUUAUCUCAGCAAGCACAGUUAGCAGCUGCUGAGAAAUUCAAAGUUCAAGGUGAAGCUGUCUCAAACAUUAAAGGAAACACAGAGACUCCAACUGUACAAGAGGAGAGUAAAGAGGAAGAGGUUGAUGAAACAGGUGUGGAAGUUAAGGACAUAGAAUUGGUCAUGUCACAAGCAAAUGUGUCGAGAGCAAAGGCAGUCUGAGUCCUGAAGAACAACAGUAAUGAUAUUGUAAAUGCUAUUAUGGAAUUAACAAUGUAACCACCUGAAAAGAGGACCCUUUUUUGGGUGUUUCAAGAGUAAUUAAUUGCAGUUGGGUUUGAAAUUUGUACUGUUUCUAUCAUUAAUAAAGUUAUGGCUUCUUGUUGGAUGAAAAAAGGAAAAAAAAAAAAAACAAGGUUGAGAACAAAGGACUGUCUGGCCUCCAUCAUCAGUAUCCCUUACAUGCAUCAGCAUAUGUUAACCAAC